AGGCAUCAUGGAUGUAAUGUGUGGUGCUAGGGCCUCAUACUUCUUAAUAUAUUUAUUCUUAGGUUCAAUUGACUUCCUACUUGGCUUGCGGUCUAUCAUGGAGAGUGUUUCUUUAGUCAGGCCCACCUCUGGUGGAGUCCCACAGACGUAACUGCGAGAAUUUAACGGGUCGGUGACUGAUAUAGAUAUAUCAUGCUUAGCAUUUUUAUGUCAAAUCAAGAACAUGCAGAUUUUGUAACCCUGAGGGCAUUCUGCACUGAUUUUUUGUG